AGGAUACAAGGCUCGAUUACGAUCUAAUUCUCCGUCAAAGUUCCAAGAAUUUCUUGUUUUAUUGUUCAAUUUUUUACGCCGUGAAAGAUGUCGAGUUUGUCUGACCAUUCAGAAACUGGAAGCUUUUCCGGCCGGAAGAUGUUGAGAUUGUCGGAGAAACCCAACUUCUCGCAGACUUGUAGUCUGCUGAGCCAGUAUUUGAAAGAGAAAGGUAGUUUUGGAGAUCUGAUGAACAUGGGAGUCACUUGCAAUCCGGAAGGCAAAGGGAAACCUGAAACAUGCCCUCAAACAGUGACGACGAUGAAUCUAUUACCGAACCUGGAGAUAUCAUCCGAAGCUUCGAGUGUUUCUGAGGAAAUGAUGUUAGCGAAUCGGAAGAUCCAGUCCAUGGAUCUCUUCCCCCAACAUACUGGUUUUGCUCAUCAUGCCUCCCCCUCCAUUCCUGCCGAAGACGACCUAAAGACGGCUAAUCUCAAGGCAUCCCAAAUGACGAUUUUCUACGCUGGGAAAGUGCUUGUCUUAGACGAUUUCCCAGCUGAGAAGGCGAAGGAAGUCAUGCUUUUGGCGAGCAAUGGAAGCUCCCAGAAACUCACCAGCCCCUUUGCAUCCACUUCCGGCAACGACAAACCCAACCAAACCACCUUUGCUACUUCCACUUCCAACUUGGUUCCUACCUCCGGAACCAACCAAGAGCAGAUUCAACUGCCCCCUCGGCCCAUUGUCUCAGAUCUGCCAAUUGCAAGGAAAGCUUCCCUUCACCGGUUCUUGGAGAAGAGAAAAGACAGGAUUAGUGCUAAAGCACCAUACCCUCCUGUGAACAACUCGGCUGUAACAUCUUCCAAGCAGCCUGAGAGCCAGGAAUGGCUUGGAUUGGCUUCCAAUGUUGCAACUUCAAAGCAAUUAGAGCUCCAAUUAUAGUUAAAUCAAAAGCUUUUUUAUAAUUAGCUAGC